AUGUCUGUACCACGGGUACUUGCACCGCUGACAUCAUCCUCAACACUGGUACUACGAUUUGCCUCACACUCCAGAAUCUCUUCAACCUGGCCAUGUCAACAUGUUCUUCGCACAUUCUCUUCCUCACAGCCUGUGCAGACCUCAUCGAAACGAAAGAUGCAAACCAGUACAGCAUACCAGCCCUAUCCUAUGAACAAUCAACCUCCGCCACCUCGAAAUACUGGGAUCCCCGACACUUCAAUAGCCGGCGGCAUACCACAGGUCAACGAUACUAGACCACCUAAAGAUGCGAAUGGGUUCGAUUUCGGGGAACCUAAGCCAGUAGAAGCUUCGACUCUGAGUCUGCCCGAAGUCGAGGCGCAAAAAUCUCAACCGGCAACGAAACCUCGCAGAUACAAGUUUAAACCAACCAAGGCAGCUAUGAAACUCACAUCAACUGCCGUUGAUCAGCUGCGCGCAAUGCAAGACGAGCCGGAUGCGAAGAUCAUCAAGGUGGGCGUUAAGAAUCGGGGAUGCAGCGGUUUGGCGUAUCACCUCGAAUAUGUGGAAAAGGCGGGACCAUUCGACGAAGUUGUAGAGCAAGAUGGCGUAAAAGUUCUGAUUGACAGCAAGGCCCUUUUCAGUAUAGUAGGAAGCGAAAUGGAUUGGGUGGAAGACAAGCUGAAUCAGAGGUUCACUUUCACAAAUCCAAACAUAAAGGAACAAUGCGGUUGUGGCGAGUCUUUUAUGGUGUAA